AUGGCUCUUGAGGCACCCUUGAGGUCGUCAACGGGAUCCAUCGCCUCGAGGUAUCUGUCGCAUGCCGCAGAAAUGUCGCUCUCCACGGGACCAGACUCACCGCGCUCCCUAUCUUCUCAGUAUAUGGCCUCCUCCUCCGGUCCCGAUUCACAAUCCCUCCGUCCCAAUUCCUUCGUAAGGCCAAGCUCGGCCCACUUGAUGAGCCCCAGCAGUGAUAUCGUCGGCCCCUCUCCCGUAACGUCCAACGGGACUGAGACCACAGAAAUUGAAGAUGAAGCGGCCGAGAAUGCCGAGCAGGAAAACGGCCAUGUACGAAAUUCGCUCAUGAUGCUGAGGACCAACAUCCCUGACAACAUCCGACGGCCACUCAGCGAAGAGGUUGUCUCAGUGAUACAUGCGCCCCCUGGCUUUCAGAAUUGGUCAAGCGAUGCAGCCUCGAAGUCGAACACGGCUAGCAUCGCCAGCGUAGAGAGUACAAACGCAAGCAGCCCUCCACCAAGUGAACCAUCAACCGUGACACCCCCAAACCAACUGCCUCCGCCCGUGGUCAACACGAAGGUGAAGCCGGUAGUAUUUGGGCUAGACGCGCCAACGCCACAAGCCCAAAAACUAGAAGAUGUGCUUUCAGGCGACCCCUCGAAGUUACGAUCAAGUACUGCCAGUAGCUUGGAGUUGAUACCCGAAAGUCAUGAGCAGGACGCGGAUGAUGACGAGUAUGAUGAGGCGGACGAUUUCCCGGGGCCUUCGCCUGGGCAGGAUACCGAGGUCAAAGCGCUCAAGGCAGCCCUUGAGGAGUGCUGGACGCUGUGCAACACACUCGCCAACCUUAGCUCGAUCCACCGAGAGCGUGUCUUCAACAGCUCGGGAACACCGGAUGCCCACGAGAAAGCAUGGAAGAGCUGCUGGAAGCUCUGUAAGCGACUUUAUCAAAGCCGGGACGAUAUUUCCGAGUCUUAUGGUGUCCGAACGAACCUCGACCUCUGCCGUGAUUUCUGUCAAUCAUUGUUUGAUGUACGACUGAAGAAGGAUGAGACAGCCGAUUCAAUCCUCCGGGUGAGCUUCGAGCUGAACAACCACCUCUACAGCGCACAGGACAGCCGGUCCCUCCCCGAGGCAUUCAGGGAACGGACCCUAGAUUUCUAUAUUACGCUCUGCCAUCGCCUCAUGAAACAACGCAGUGACCUCGCCGAAGAAACAGACUCGCUCCUCCGAGCCUGUUGGUCGUUGGCCGAGAUGCUAUUUAGCCUACGACAAAAUCGACGAGACGGCAAAGCACCCGAUGAAGAACUCCUUGGCUCAGCCGUCCAGGCAUGUUGGGAACUCUGCGAUAUCUUCCGUGAAGGUUGGACCCAAAUACGACCAGAUCGGGGCACCCCACGCCCGAACCAGAUCAACUUUUUCGCUGCCGGUCCACCCUUCGGCCUCCAGCCGAUGGGUAGUCACUCCUCUGAUGUCUCCCGGUCGAACGCUGGUAGCCGCGCUUCACUACAUUCAAAACGCGAGAGCCUCCGCAGCCUCGCCGAUAUCGACCGGCCACGACCACACCCCGUCGUACCCGAGACACCGGUCACUGAAUUCGAGGACACCCCCGUUUCGCCCGACGCCAGUCCUCAGAUGCCCAACAUUCUGGUUCUAGGCACUUCAACAGAUUCGCGCAGCGACCGUGGCGGUGGACGCUGGUCAAGCAAUGCCUCCAACUUAUCGGGCUACACCCAAAGCAGUCAACAUACUUCGAGCACUGCCACAACCGCCGCCACAGUGGAGGAUACAAAUAUCACACGUGUGAAGGCGCUCAUAUUGAAGGCUGCGAUGAACAUCGGCUUCAACCGGGAUGCUGCAGCAGCGAAUGGUACCGCCGGUGCAGUCUCUCUACAAAAUUUUGUCAAGACUCUCCCAACAGGCUCCUUCGGCUCUCUACCUAGCCACGCAACCUUGCUGCAGAGCUAUAGAAACCUUAUUCUUACCGACAACGCCUUCCGCGCCUCAGCCAGUCUUCCCGUCCGCGGAAAGCGAUUCACGGCCGUCGAAAUCGCGAAGAGCAUCAGCUGGAUGACCCUUCGCUCUAAUCAGUACAGCUUUCUCCGAGACCUUUUCCGUCUCGUAUUUGGUGUUUUGCCAGAUGACGCGGAAACGAGGAAGAAUUUAAGUAUCGCCGUCUAA